UUUGUUACUACAGAAUGUUUAAUUUUUGCAAAAUCCUUUUGUUUGCUUGAAAAAUAAUGUUUACAUACAUUGCUUUAUGGCACAAUGCUGUCAGCUGCUGAAUGUUCCAUGACAGUGCGUGUAUAAAAACAAAACUUUUGUCUGACUUCCAUUUUCUCUUCUUUGCAAUGACAGGUUCUUCAGUCGUGGGACAACCAGACUGUGUAAAUGGAUUCUGCAUCUCUGUCAGUGAUGAAAAAAUCUCAGCAGAUUCAGGACUUUGUGUUGUGAUUCCGUGUUCUUUCCAGACUCCUUAUAACUUCAAUCUUCAACAUUUGGUUUGGUUUAAAUGUGAAUCUGACCAAAGAUGCGGUGACUCUGAUAUGAUCUUCCACACCAACAAAAACACCAACAAACCCCUUAAAUCAGGAUUUCUAGGAAGAGUGUCACUCCUGGAUCCUGAUCUGAAUCAGAACUGUAGCAUCAUAAUCAGUGAUCUGAGAGAGUCUGAUUCUGGAUUCUAUCAGCUCAGAGUAAAUGGAAAAAUCAAUGAGAGGUCGGAUGGAUUUACAUUUUUAAAAAAAACACACGUCGAUGUUGGAGGUUCCAGGCAGAAACCUACAGUGACUCUUCCUGAUUUGACGGUGGGACAUCAGGCCACCCUGACCUGCACUGCUCCUGCCCUCUGCUCUAAGUCUCCUCCUGGAAUCACCUGGAUGUGGAGAGGAGCAGCAGAAAAUGACUCUCUCACCAACGGAAGCAUCACUGCCUUCAAGAAGGAGACUUUGACUGCUGUCACACAGAGACACUACUCAACUCUGACCUUCAUUCCCACGACUGAACACCACAACUCCAAGAUCACCUGCAGGAUCCAGUUCAGUGAUGAAAUCACCACAGAGAAGACGGUGAAUCUGCACGUCAACUAUAUGAGAAAACCUCAGAUAUCUGGAAAGGUGAUUGUGAAGGAAGGAGAAGUUUUGAAUCUGACCUGCAGUGUUGACAGUUUCCCUCCUGCUGUGUGGACUGGACUUUGGUCCAACCUGCACAAUGGAUCUGACCACAGUGGAUCAGCCACCCUCAUCGUCACCAAUGUGACAGCAGAGGAUUCUGGGCGCUACUUCUGUGCUGCAAAUCACCAGAACUGGACUGAGACGGUUCACGUGGAUGUGACGGUGAUGCUGGAAGGCUCUGCAUGUGUGCGCCGCUCAGACGUCCUGACCUGCACCUGCAUCGGUACAGGGUUUCCUCUACCCAACAUAAAGUGGGCCCAGUUGAGCCCCCCCACUGAGUACUGGCUCACCACCAAUGUGUCAGGUCACACUGUGAGGAGCUCUUUGACUCUAAAGGCAACAAAACAGGACAACGUGUCUGCAGAAUGUGUCAUCAGCAAUGAGAGUGGAGAGUCAACAGAAAAACUCACAAUUCAAGACAUCCUCUUUGAAAAAGAUGGAGAUCAGUCUGGAAGUAUUUUAAAGAAAACAGUCAAACCAGAAACCAUCAUCGCCUUUCUGAUCGGAGUUUUGACAUCAACCAUAUUUUGCAUUUUGAUCAUAGGUUGCUACAGAAAAAAGCUGAAGAGGGUUAAGAAUCUGCAGGAGAUGGUGGAGAUGGUUGGCAGUCAGGAAAAUCCUCUGAUCCACGAUGGUCUCACAGUGGCAGAGGAUCCAAACUGCCUCCCAGAAGGAGCUGAGAAUGAAGCUGUGUCUACAGGAGAAGCAGCUCCUAAACUCAGAAGUGGUUCAGGAGAUGUGGAGUACGCCAGCAUUGAUUUCUCUCUGCUGAAGAGGAGGGAGCGAACUCAGGAGCUGCAGACAGCAGCCACAGAAUAUGCUGAGGUUAAAGUGAAAAAGGAGGGGAAACAUGCCGCUGGAGAGGAGGAAGCCAUGAUGGAGGAGGAUGACAAAACUCUACUCUGUGUGUCAAAAAAGGACGCAGAGGAAGAAGUGGUGUACUCAUCAGUAAAUGAUUUAAUGGAUGAAAUUUGAGGGCAGACUGUAAGGUGGCCUAGUGGUCAACGUCCUCACCUUCAAAUUCUGGUUGGGACCUUUCUGUAGCUGCAUUUCCAUUACGCAUAUACACAAAACUUUCUCAUAAUCCUCUCAAUUACACUGUUUCCAUUAAAUCAUAACUAUGCGAAUAAACACAAA